AUGGCUAACCCACAUCUAAAGUGGGCGUUAGUCCUUCUCUGCACAUGGGCGUUGCUACCGGCCAAUAUCGAAGGGGCUACCGCUCGAUACGAGUGCCAAGAGGAGGGAUUUUUCGCUGACCCGGAUGACUGCAACGCCUUCCACCGAUGCGUACAGGAAGGUGACCGGCUUACAUCAUACAUGUUCCGCUGUGGACCGGGAACAGUUUUCUCCGAGAUCGAAAAUACCUGCGUCCAUCCUAGCAAUUCCGAGCGUCCGGAAUGCGGAGGCGGAAACAACGAAGUUGACGGAACUGACAGCAACGCGGAGUCCAGUGCACCAGAGGAAUCGCAAGCCCCGCAGGAAGGUUCACCGUCAGAGUCUCAGCAAUCAGUUGGUCCCGAAGCAGAACAGGAGCAAGGUGAAGAUUUGCAACCACCACCACCACCUCCAUCAGAGCCAGCUGACAACGAAAAUAACGUGAACUCCAACGGUGAUGGUAAUGGUGCUGACAAUGGAGGAUACCAUUAUGAAAAACCAGCUGAAACCGACGAUGGACAAAGCUCGUCUGGAAAUGAAGACUUGCAACCACCAGAACCGUCUGAUAACGAAAAUGAUCUAAACUCCAAUGGUGACGAUAACAGCGACGACAACGGAGGAUAUCAUUAUGAAAAGCCAGCAGGAACCAGUGACGGGCAAACGUCUCCUGGAGAUGACAACAGCUCAUCACCUUGUACCGAGGAGGGUUUCGUUGGUGAUCCUAUCGACUGUCAGAUGUUCUAUCGGUGCGUAUCAAACGGGAACGGUGGCUUCGUAACGUAUUCCUUCCGUUGUGGUGACGGCACCGUGUGGGAUGAUCGGAUUGAUGCCUGUAAUCAUGAUUAUGCUGUAGAACGCUGCACCAAGAGAGCGGAGAAUGACUACGUGGUGAAUAUGGAAUCUUUCAGUCAAACAAACGCUUCAGCAGAACAAAAUUCGUCUCAAAGCAGUGGAUCGAUGACAGAAAACGGCGUAACGACAAAUACCACUUCUUCGCAAUCGAACAGCAACAAUUCAAUGAGUAACUACCAGAAUCAGACCACAACAACUAGCGACGGAAACGGUGGCUCUUCUCAAUCUUCCUCAAGCAGUUCCAGUAGCUCAAGCAGUAGUAGUAGUAGUAGUAGUAGUUCCAGUAGCAGCAGUUCAAGCUCCUCUUCGUCUAGCAACAACCAAUCGAACAGUAACAACCAGGGUUCCUCUUCAUCAUCCAACAAUAAUCAGUCGAACAGCAACAACCAAGGCUCUUCUUCGUCAUCCAACAACAAUCAGUCUAAUGGCAACAAUCAAGGUUCUUCUUCGUCAUCCAGCAACAAUCAGUCUAAUAAUAACAAUCAAGGUUCUUCGUCAUCCAGUAAUAAUCAGUCGAACAAUAACAACCAAGGCUCCAGCAGUCAGCAAUCGAAUAAUAACAACCAGUCGAACAAUAAUAAUCAAAGCGGAAGCAGCCAGGGAUCGUCAAGCAGCAACAAUCAGUCAACCAAUAACCAGAACGGAUCGUCCAACAAUAACCAAUGGAACAAUCAGAACCAGGGCCAGAGUAGCAGCAGCAGCAGCCAGGAAUCAACCCAAAACAACCAAAACCAAGGAUCCAACAGCAACAGCCAGAACAGUAACCAGGGAUCCAACGGCAGCAAUCAGUCGAAUAACAACAACCAGUCGAACAACAACAACAACAACAAUAAUGAGAGCAGCAAUAAUCAAAAUAAUCAGAAUAACCAAAACAGUCAGAGCAGUCAGAAUAAUCAGAAUAACCAAAACAAUCAGAGUAAUCAGAACAACCAGAACAAUCAGAACAAUCAGAAUAAUCAAAGUAAUCAAAGCAAUCAGAACAAUCAAAGUAAUCAAAGCAAUCAGAACAAUCAGAAUAAUCAAAAUGGUCAAAGUAAUCAGAAUAAUCAAAAUAAUCAGAACAACCAGAAUAAUCAAAACAAUCAGAAUAAUCAAAAUAAUCAGAACAAUCAAAAUAAUCAGGGCAAUAAUAACAAUCAAAAUAACCAAAACAAUCAAGGAAGUACCAACAAUGAGAACAAUCAAGCUAACAAUAAUAAUCAAAACAACCAAGGUCAAUCCAACCAGCAAGGUCAAAAUGGAUCCUCCAACAGCCAGGCUGGACAACAAGGACCUUCAACACCGGGAGAAACAACAACCGAAUCUUCUACCACUCAGGCACCUGCUGCAUCUUCCACGGCUGCCGCGCCAUCCGGAACCGAAACGGCUGCAACAUCGUCGCCGAGUGAAUCGACUUCCACUUCUAGCACAGCGUCCGCAGAAUCCACAUCAACCACUGCCGCACCACAAUCACAAUCCACGGAAGACAACACCGAUCCGGGAGCCAACGAAGUGCAGAGUACAUCCUCUACCGCGGCAGCUAGUUCCACUUCUACGACUACGCCGGCAACCACGUCGACAGCAACUACGACAACCACCGCCAAGCCCAGCUCGACCACCGCGAGCCCUGGAGGCAGCAAUUCACCCGCUUGCACUGAUGAUGGCUUCAUGGGAGAUCCUAAUGACUGUCAGAAAUUCUAUCGCUGUGUAUCGAACGGCCAGGGUGGAUUCACCAAAUAUGAUUUCAUGUGUAGUGACAAUACGGUGUGGGACGAUAGCAUUUCCAACUGUAAUCAUGCUUGGGCAGUCGAAAAUCCCACCUGUCGGCAGGGUAUGCCGCAAGGAUCAAGUGGCAAUGGUUCUCCUGCAAGCAACAGCAACAACAAUCAAGGCCCCACUGGUCCAAACAACAAUAAUCAAGGUCCCAGCAACAAUAACCAAGGUCCAAGUGGUCCAAACAACAACAAUCAAGGUCCCAACAACAAUAACCAAGGCCCAAGUGGCCCCAACAACAAUAAUCAAGGACCCAGCGGCCCAAAUAACAAUAACCAAGGACCGAAUGGACCGAAUGGAGGUGGACAAGGACCAAGUGGUCCAGAUGGUCCAGAUGGCUCAAGUGGUCCAAACGGACCAGGUGGUCCAAAUGGCCCAGAUGGUCCAGGUGGCCCAAGUGGUCCAAAUGGUCCCGAAGGUCCAAAUGGCCCUAAUGGCCCAGGUGGCCCUGAUGGCCCAAGUGGUCCAAAUAACAACAAUCAAGGUCCCAGUAACAAUAACCAAGGCCCCAGUGGUCCAAGUAACAAUAAUCAAGGACCCAAUGGUUCAAACAAUAAUAAUCAAGGCCCGAAUGGACCGAAUGGAGGCGGACAAGGACCAAGUGGUCCAAAUGGCCCAGAUGGCCCAGGCGGUCCAGAUGGUCCAGGUGGCCCUGAUGGUCCUGGUGGCCCUGAUGGUCCAGAUGGUCCUAACGGCCCAGGGGCCCCCGACGGUCCUAAUGGUCCAGGUGGCUCUGGCGGUCCUGGAGGUCCAGGAGGUAAUGGAGAAAGUGGACCAGAAGGUUCGCAAGCGCCAAGUGGAGGAUCUACGGAAACUUCGCCGUCAGGUUCUCAACAGGAAAGCAAUUCCACAUCAACCCUACCGCCAUGUCAACAAACGACUACCACCAGCUCACCAGCAGUACCAGCGGGAAGUAAUGGAAUUUGCGAGCGAGAAGGUUUUAUGGAGCAUGAAUCCAAUUGUCGGAAAUUCUAUCGUUGUGUUGAUAAUGGAAACGGUGGUUACACGAGGUAUGAGUUCAAUUGCGGCGCUGGUACGGUAUGGGACAAUGAUAUUAUGGCUUGUAAUCACCCAGAAUCCGUACAAAACUCGAAAUGCGGUACGGGCGGCGAUGGUCGACCUGAAGGUAGCCCUCAGGGGCCCGGAAAUACUUACUUGCCACCAGAACAAUCCAGCUCCACUGAACCAAUGCCAUCCGAAUCUACUUCAUCCAGUAGCAGUGUAGGUAGUACCACUGAAUCGCCAAAAACGACAACACAAGGAGCUACAUCAAGCAGUAAACCAACAGAAAGUACGACAACUGCAGGGCAGGAAACAACUUCUGCUUCCGAAGCAGGUGCUGAAAGUACUGAGUCGCCAAAGGAAGAAACCACAGCACCUCCUGGACAGGAGUCAACUACUCAAGGACAACAGAGUACCGCUUCGAUGGUCCAAGAAACUACCACACCAUCCAAUCAAGAGCAAUCAACUACAGCUCAACCCAACCAGACUGAACGACCCGCUGGUGAAAGUUCGACCACAGCAGCUGCUGAACAAACCACAGAAGCUCAAUCAGCAAGUACUCUUUCACCCGAAGGAUGCGAAUCAGAAGGAUUCAUGCCCCAUACAGAUGACUGUCGAAAGUUCUUCCGCUGCGUUGACAAUGGCAAAGGAGGGUAUGUCAAACAUGAAUUUACAUGUGGCGAAGGAACUGCUUGGGAUCAGAAAAUUCAAGCCUGUAAUCACGAAUAUGAAGUCGAAAACUGUGGAGCUGAUCGUCCACCUGAACCUGCACCGGAACCAGAAUCACAAAGUACACAGUCUCCCCCGGAUUCCGAGAACCAAAUGACCACCACGGCUGCAUCAGAGUCCACAACACAAGAUAAAACGGAAAAAACUACGAGCUCUGCUCAGGAAUCUACCACUGUCAGUAGUACAGAGCAAUCCGAAGGAACAACGCAAGAGCCAAGUUCUCAGGAGACAACUACAAAAUCAUCUCAGGAAACUACUACCGAACCCCAAGCUACUCAACCCACAAACCAAGAAACAACUGCUGCUUCUUCUGAGACAACUACCCAAUCGCAGCCUGAAACAACUCAGCCUUCCUCAACGAACGCCACUGAAGAGACUACAACAGCUUCUUCCAGCUCAGAAACUACAACGACUUCAGCGCAGCAAACAACAACAUCCGAAAGUCAAUCCACUCAACAACCAACUGAUAGCAUGACAACAACAACCUCUCCGCAAGAUACUACUACUGCCUCUGAAUCACAAACAUCAGAUACGACACCAUCCGAAGAAAAGCAAGAAACUACUACGACCAGCCAAGAAACUACCUCCAGCCAACCUUCGCGUGGAGAGUGUACAUCGGAGGGUUUCAUGGCUGAUCCAGACGAUUGUAAAAAGUUCUAUCGUUGUGUAGACAACGGUAAGGGCGGUUACACAAAAUACGACUUCACUUGCGGAGAUGGAACCGCUUGGGAUCAACAAUUGCAGACCUGUAACCACGAAAACGUAGUUGAAAUGUGUGGCGGACAGUCAGGUAACAAUAAUCAAUCAUCCACUAGCUCUUCUACUACAUCAUCAUCAUCAUCAGAAGCUAGUACCACUACCACCUCUUCCCCCACAUCCACUAGCACCUCGAGCACGACCCCACGCAUGACCACCACUUCAUCUAGCACGGAAGCCUCUCCAUCAACAACCGCUUCAACCACAAGCAUGCCUAGUUCAUCGACCUCCAGCAUGUCGUCUUCAUCCACAUCCAUGAGCACGCAAUCAUCAACAUCAUCAUCAACCCCGGUUAACUGUACCGAGGCAGGCUAUUUUCCGAAUCCCGACGAUUGUACAAAGUUCUAUCGAUGCGUCGAUUGGGACGGCAUGGGCGAAAACUUCUCCGUAUUCCAUUUUGACUGCCCAGAAGGUACAAUCUGGGAUCCCAGUGUAAAUACGUGCAACCACGAGGACAGUGUCUCACCUCCGAGAGACUGCUCCGGCAAGUCAACAACAGCAGAGCAAUCUUCAUCCACCGAACCGAUGACUACUAGCAGCACCGAAGCUAGUGUUGAAUCUACCACUUCCUAUGUUUCAGGAGAACAAAGCUCAACCAGUAAUCCAACCACGGAGGACUCCGGUAUGGAAACAACUAGUUCAACAACUAGUCAGGAAACAACAACAUCGAGUGCUCAAGAAACCACAACAUCAAGUGCUCAGGAAACUACCACAUCAAGUGCUCCGGAAACAACAACUUCGGCGGCUCAAGAGACUACAACACAGUCUGCCCAAGAAACUACAGCGGCACAAGAAUCAACUACCUCUACUUCCGAUCAAGAUACAACCAGCCAACCAGAACAAGAAACAACGACACAACCGGCUCAAGAAACAACAACAGAAAGCUCAUCUACAACAGCGGCCGCCACCGAAGCUACUACAACUCAAGAACCAUCAGAUACGACGACGCAGUCCGGAUCGGAAGAAACUACCCAGCAAAAUACCGAGAGUACGACGCAGGCCGCACAAGAGACAACCGCACAACCAACCGAAGCGGAACCAGAAACUACGGCUCAGUCAACCUCUACUGCCAGCCAAGAAACUACCGCUCAAACGACUGAAGCUGCACAAGAGACGACUAAUGAACAAGCACAGGAAACUACGACACAGGCUUCACCCUCUACUACCGAAUCACAAACGGAACAGACAGAUAGCGGAGAAACUACAACGCAAAGCAGCCAACAGUCGACCACAACGGAACCGGAGAAAUGUCCAGAAGGUUGUCAAAGUAAAUGUCCUCCGGUUGAAGAAGGCCAGGCUAGUUUUGUCUGCCCAACCGGCUUCCGACGACAUCCACAAGACUGCAAUAUGUUCUACCAGUGUACGCAGAAACAGGACAGUUUAGACUACAGCAUUGUGGUAUUCAGUUGUCCAAAUACAACUGUUUACAAUGAGGAAGGAAUUCAGUGUAACGAGCCGGCCGACGAUGAUGAUCAGUGCCAAUCGUCCAGUAUGCGAUUCCUGCGCAGUGCUAUAGGGCCUCAAAAUAAAAUGAUGCAGCUUCGUUCUAUGAAACCGAUGUGUCCAUCAGAAGGUCACUUCGCCUUAGAGGACCAAAAAUGUAGCUCAACCUUCGUUCGAUGUUUGAGCGGCACGGGACGUAACAGCCGCCUCACCCCGAGCAUGUACCGCUGCCCGAAAGGAUACGUAUACUGGAACGUUAGCCGCCGGUGUGAACGAGUAGCCAAAAUCCCGGAAUGUCAAAAUACUCCGAUGCAAGAGCGAUCCGAGCUGCCGGUAGAGUGGAUCAACCUUGGUAACCGCCGUCGCAGCCUGUUUUGA